AUGGACAAGAAGAUGCUCUGGGUGGCUGUGAGGCUGGUUUUGACAGGUUACUUUGGUAUGUGUGCGGGUCAAAGUAUUUUACCCCCGGGACCCCUGAGUGGAGCCGUGGCAGACUCUGUGAAAUUCAGCACAAGCGUCCAGCCUCCGGAGAAACCAUUCAUCUCCGUCAGCUGGAGUUUCAAAGGGGUCAACAUCAUCACCUCCACGAGUGCCUCGAACACAACGAGGCCCGAGUACGCCAACAGAAUCUCACUGGAACGAGCCACGGGAGGCCUGGAGCUCAGGAACCUGGUGCAGGAGGACGGGGGGGAGUACACCGUCACCAUCGUACCGGCGGAAGGGCCACAGAAGCAGGGGGAGACCACUCUGAAUGUUUAUAACUUUCUGUCCAUUUCCGUUGGGUUGACCUUCUUCUUGUUUUACGCAGCAAAGAUAACAGCAGCCACCAUCCGCAGCCCUGCAGCCGUCCUGAUAGAAGAUGAGAGCUCCACCAACCUCACCUGUGAGGCCUCCGGCUCCAUCAGCAGCAGAGUGUGGGUGAAGGACGAGCAGCCUCUCAGUCCCAGCAGCAGACUGAGCUUCUCCGCAGACAACCGGACAGUGUUCAUAGAACCCGUGGACUCCUCCAGCCACGGGCCCUACCAGUGUCGAGUCAGCAACCCAGUCAGCAGCAUGACUGUGGCUCAUAACCUGACUGUCAACUUUGGACCACAUAACAUUUCAAUCAUUGGACCUUCAGCUGCUUCGCCCGGCCAGCGAGUGACACUGCAGUGCACGGCCGACUCUGUGCCUCCGGCAAACUUCAGCUGGAUGUUCAACGGCAACGAGACCCGUGUUGACGACUCCAUGUUUAUCAUAGAAAGGCUGAAUGUGGAGAACACAGGGAAUUACACCUGCAGCGCCCGGAACAUGGUGACCAGGCGGGAAAACUCCACGGUGCUGAAUCUGAGAGCGCUGGUGAUCAGUGGACUGACUCUGAGAAUGUUCAAAUAA